GGUGAGAGUGUGUAAUUCUCACUGUAACCACUUUUGGUAUUUAGGGCACUGCUCUGCUGCUCCGGCGAGGAAGAGCAAAAAAAAAAAAAAAAAAAAAAAAAGAAGAAACAAAAAGAUACGAGUCCACUCUACAUUGGUGACAGACACAUCUAUUUGAGGUUUCUAUUUCUGUAGCGACUUUCUAAUUGUAGCCAUUAAAAAAUGGGAAAGACUCCAAGUCCUGGUAAAUGGAUCAAGUCUCUUCUUGGCAAGAAGUCAUCCAAAUCUAGUUUGGACAAAGGAACCGACAAAUUGAGAUCUGCAAAGAAAGAAGAGCCUGUGGUGAAGGUGAAGGAUAAUAGCAAUGUCUCAACCUUACCCACCAAUCCCUCUCCGGUACUUUCAUCACAAGAAGUUGCAGCUACACAAACCGUACUAGUCCCAGAUGUUGUAGUCCUUGAGAAUCAGCCUAAACGCAAUGGAACAAAUGCAAAUCCUGAGUCAGGGGAUGACACAGAAGAACUCAAGCUCGAGGAAGAUGCUACAAAGGAUCGUGAAGAGUUUCAAAUGCUUAAAGGUGUCAUAAAGCUGCAAGCAGUUAUCCGUGGUCACUUGGUUAGAAGACAAGCUGUUGCGACGUACUCUUGCAUUUGGGGAAUUGUGAAGCUUCAAGCUCUUGUCCGUGGGAAGAUAGCUAGAUCUUCAGUAACCGGUGUUCAUCUUCAGAAAACAAAUCCUCAAACUCUGCAAGGAAGCACAUACAGUUGGCUAGAGGGUUCCACUAAGCUAUCCAUGAUUGAUAAGCUUCUAGUUUCCUCACCAAUGGUAUCACCUCUGAAGAUUCAUUAUGGUCCUGAGGAUUCUAACUCAGCCAAGGUGUGGCUUGAGCGGUGGACACAGUUGCAGGUGUGGUCUCCUGGUCCACUGGUUAUUAGGAGCCUGGUUCCUAAAUCUCAGACAAAGAAGCCAAGUUUUCAAGCGGUUGAAGCGGACAAGGGAAAACUUAAGAGAGGUAUCAAGAAACCACCCGGUGGUUUAAAUACUGGAAAUGGCUCUAGCAGCAGCCGUUCUACAGCUGAAAAGCGAAGUGUGAGGAAGGCUUCCACGCUUGGUAAAGAGGUUUCAAAUGAUAAGCCUAAGCAGAGUUCGAGAAAAAGUACAAGCGCCAUAAAGGAAGGGUCUUCUUCAUUGGAGGUUAAGGAUGAGAAGCCUAGAAUUAGUCUCAAAAAGGCUAAUGGGAUAGAGGUUAAACCUACACGCAAAUCCGCAGAGAAGAAGAAAGAGGUUGUUGAUUCAGUGCAGAAAGAAGUUCCUGGUGACAAGGUUUCAUCUUCUGUAGUUGAUACUCCUGAAGAAGAAGAAGAGGUGAAAGAUAGCUCUGAAACAGUUUCCAAAGAGGUUGAUCUCGACAAAGAUGAGAAAUCACUGGUUUUGGAUACCCCAGAGCAAGGUGAGCUCAAAACUGAAGAGAAAAAUGACAAAGCUGAAGAAGAGAUUCAAGAGCCAGACGUGCAGAUAAGCUCCGAGAAUGGAAACGCUGCUUCUGAGUUCACAAAGCAAAGCGAUAGACGAGCUUCGCUGCCUGCAAAGAUUGAGAAUCAGCAACAAGACGAUGGGGUAACACAUAGCGGGAGAAAGAUCCCAAGCUACAUGGCACCAACUGCAUCCGCAAAGGCAAGAGUAAGAGGAGGACAAGGGUCUCCGAGGUUUGGUGGUCAAGAGAAGCAUGAGAAAAAUGGGAUAACUAGGCGCCACUCUCUUCCUCCUGGAGCCAAUGGGAAGCUGAGUGCAAUGUCUCCAAGAGCUCACAGACUUCUCAUAGCUUCAGCUAAGGGAUCAAUGAACAGUGACAGAUCUUUUUCUUCUUCCAAGGACAUUGGUGAUAAAUCGACCAAAGCUGAGUGGAAACGGUGAAUUGCUUUUGAGGCAAUAGAGAAAGCAAUCCUGAUCGUCUUACACUGUUGGACAAACCUCUGAAACGUUUCAUCAUCACUUUAGCUGUUUUGUUUCUAUGUUUCCUGUGUGUGUUUAGUUUGGUUAUGAUUUGCUUUGGUUUUGGUGUGGUGAGUCUUUGACAUGUUCUUUUUAGUUUUACUCUUAGGUUCUUUGUCUUCACAAACUAAAAGGGUUUUCUAGUAUAUAGUUCUAACAAUGCUUCUCUUUUUUAUUUAAGUAACAAAUAUUAUCUCA